CGUACUGGAUUGGCCCGAACCCGAGGGCGAACAAGCAAACAAAUCCAUUUCAGCUUUUCUCUUCAUCAUCACCGCCAUUUCGUUGUCACGAUUCAUAGCACACCGCCUUUCUCUCAACCCUAAUUUUGGAUCCGGAUUGUUUUUUCCCCCCCCUUCUGAAUUGGACAUCAUCUUUUCGUCUUCACAAUGUUGAUAUAGUUCUCAAACCCCUAGUCUCCAUGGAUUGAACCGAGUCGACCCGGUGAGUUAGGGUUUCUGCGGAUUCGAAUUUGAUUCGUUUGGCGUGUAGGAAUGUCGACCACAGGGUCAACGGAACGGGCCUCUGAUGACAUCAUCGAUGCGUCGACGCCGCUGCUUGGGAAUGCGGCGGAAGGUCGGGAUGAUGAUCGGAGCCGUCGAUCUGUACGGAGACAGAGCCUUCGGGAGGCCGCGCGGUUUCUGCGGCGAGCGAGCAGCCGCCGGAUGAUGCGGGAGCCGUCGAUGUUGGUGAGGGAGACGGCGGCGGAGCAGUUGGAGGAGCGGCAAAGCGAUUGGGCGUAUUCGAAGCCGGUGGUGGUUCUGGACAUGAUUUGGAACUUUGCGUUCGUGGUCGUGGCGGCGGCGGUUUUGGUUCUCAGUCGGCGUGAGUCGCCGUCGAUGCCGCUGAGAUUUUGGAUUGUGGGGUACGCUUUGCAGUGCAUUCUGCACAUUGUUUGUGUGUCUGUUGAGUACCGGCGGAGGCGCCGGCGGGCUGGGGUGUUUGGGUCGGAGGACGACGGAAUUGGCAGCGGCGGGAGCUACAGUUCAAGCCCGCAGGGGGAUUCGUCACAGUAUGUUACGUUGGCCAGUCUGGGUGAUGAGUCUUCCACAAGCAGUGUUGCAAAACAUUUGGAAUCUGCAAAUACCAUGUUCUCAUUUAUCUGGUGGAUCAUUGGGUUCUAUUGGGUAUCUGCGGGCGGCCAAGCUUUGGCACGGGACUCCCCUCAGCUCUACUGGUUAUGUAUAAUUUUUCUGGGUUUUGAUGUGUUCUUUGUUGUUUUCUGCGUUGCACUGGCAUGUGUCAUUGGAAUUGCUGUUUGUUGCUGUCUUCCAUGUAUCAUUGCAAUUUUAUAUGCUGUGGCUGAUCAGGAAGGAGCAUCUAAAGAAGACAUUGAUCAACUUUCAAGGUUUAAAUUCCGGAAGGUUGGUGAUAUUGAGAAAAUUGAUGGUGACAUUCAAGGAGCUUGUGGAGGAAUAAUGACUGAAUGUGGCACAGAUGCACCCGCAGAACAUGUUCUUUCACAGGAGGAUGCGGAGUGUUGCAUUUGCCUUUCUGCUUACGAUGAUGGAGUUGAGCUGCGGGAACUCCCUUGUGGGCACCAUUUCCACUGUACCUGUGUUGAUAAGUGGCUCUAUAUCAAUGCUACAUGUCCUCUCUGCAAAUACAACAUUUUGAAGAGUAGCAGCAAUGGCCGGGAGGAAGUGUAGGAGGAGGAGAAUCCCAAAGAGAUGUCAUUAGGGAUGAACUAGGGGCUAUGCAUGGUGUUGUUGUUCCGAAGAGUGGGUUUAAUGCAUAGCGUGUCAAUACUCAAUAGAGGCCUUUGUUAUUCUUGUCUGAUGAUGUAGUAUUUGUCCUCGGUUGAAUUUGUUAUGGUGGCGGUGGUGGCUGUGUUAUGAUGCCCCUGGUCUGGCUUUUAUUGGCCCUUGUGCAUAGGGGUUUCCUGUAAUCAUCUCAAUUACACUUGUUCGCCCUUUCUCUCCCGCUCUCUCUCUUUCUGUUAAUUAUAUUAUUUGCUAGAGGACCGUAUUUUGAACUUUGAAGAAAAUUUACUACUGUUUAAAAGGCUUUUGUAUAUAUCUCAAUCCAAAGCUUCCCAAACA